GCUUCGACCAGCAGAUCGGAGACAGCAAGUCUCUGGCCGAUGACGCCAUCAAACGUCUUCCUGGCAUCAGCGCCAUCAUCCAGCAGGCGGUCAGCGACAACGCAGAGACCGGCGGCAUCCUGGGAGACGUGUCUGCAGAUUACGACAGCUCCGUGAAGACCGCCAACCUGCUGGGGAACCUGGUCACCGGGCUGGAGAACACGUUUGGGUCCCUGCCGUCUCACACCGAUCUGCUGAACGAAGCCACCAAACUGAACAAAGGCUCCAAGGAUCUGAAGCAGCGAACCCUCGAUGCAACAGAUAAUCUGACCUCAGAGCUGGAGGACGGCCGGAGGCUGGAGGGCGAGGCCGAGCAGGCAGCUGGCGGGGCGGCUGCAGCUCUGAUCAACUCCAAGAACACCAGAGACGGCGUGGGGAAAACCCUGAGAGACAUCAACGCCCUGCUGGCCAAGAUGGACCAGUCCACUCCUGUGGACGAGACCCAGCUUCGGGCUCUGGAGGUGGCUCUGGACGAGGCUCAACAGGAGGUGCAGGGCCGCCUGGGGCCCCGUCUGAGGGACAUGGAGGCCGGAGAGGAGGCGUACCGCCGGAGACUCUCUGGCCUCAACUGGGACAUCGGCUCCAUCCUGAAGGACAUCACCAACCUGGAGGACAUCCUGGCGUCCGUGCCCUCCGGCUGCUACAACAGCCCCCCCAUCGAGGAGGCCUGAGCACUACAUCUCCCACAAUGCACCUGGGUACUAUCUCUUAUCCUCCAGGAACACCUGCCACUUCAACGGGAAUCUGCCUGAUGUAUUAUUAUGAGAACGUUUCAUAAAGAAUCUUUAAAACACCACUAUAAAUAUAAUGUUAUACAUAGUGUUAAUCAGAUAGCAGUAAAAUAUUGGAGCUUAUAUUAAACACUAGAUCCUACAUAUCCCAAAAUGCAACUGGGUACUAUCUCUUCAGAAACACCUCAACAGGAACCUACUUGAGUUUGUAGAAAAGCGCUAGAUGAGUGCCGUGUAUAAUUAGUAUCAUUAUUAUCAUUGAAACCAAAGCGCCACUACUUUCAAUAGAAUUAGCGAUUUUUAUGAAGUGCCUUCAGUUUUCAGAUCUUCAAAUGUAAAUGUUGUUGUGUUUAUCAGAGAGCAGUACGAUCCUACAUCUCCCACAAUGCACCUGGGUACUAUCUCUUAUCCUCCAGAAACACCUGCCACUUCAACAGGAAUCUACCUGAUGUAUUAAGAAUCAUUUUCAA